AUGUUGCCUUUUCUACAUUUUAGACAGCCGUUUCUGGUUUCGAAGCUCUGGCUGCGUGAUGGCAGUCUCGUUGUCCCUGACAUCCCAUCGGUCGAUCGCCCCUUUCAUUCUCUCGUUUUAAGUGACGUCGGUCUACUCUCCGCCUGCAGACGUUGGAACCAUGCAAAUUACGGCGACAGUCGAGGCAGUGGUGGUGGUGGUGGCGGUGGUGGUUCAACCCUUGCCAACAGAAUCGCUUGCCUCGAAGACGGCGUCGAUGCGAUGGCUUGGCUUAACAGAACCCCGGCAGAGUGGAUUCACGCCCAGAAGCGCGCGGCCACUUUCCCCACCAAGGAGGAAGAGUCCACGGCCUCGCUGAUCAUCGCCGACCCCAGGGUCUCCAGGGUCGUAUCGCCCUUCGCAUCAACUGCUGCCAGGGACAUGCCGCUAGUGUGGCUGUCGAGCAUGAACAAUCCCUCACCCCUCCGUCAAAAACUCAAUUUCAAGGCAUUCAAAAAGAUGAUUAGGACAGCGUUUGCCACAUUCACCUCGGUCAAUGCAGAAAGAAACUACGCCGAAGAAAUCCUCAAGGCUUACGAGCCCAUGCUCAGGGAUGCUCGAGAGGACACUUCGGAGUUGCGCUACACGGCAAUUGUAAACGCGAUUCUACACGACAUCCGGGCUGUGUGCGGAGUGACACUCUACCUGACACGACUGCAGAGACUGUCGCUGAGUCAAAGUGGGUCGGUCUACCGGGUAUUGAGUCAGCAGGUGGAGGAGGCACCUGUGCUUGACAAAGACACCCACACACCCUACGACAUUCCCACAUUCCUAAACGACAGGGCCGUGCUAACGCCAUCGUCGGAGUUUCUCAGGAAGUCUUUGGUCAGUUUUACGAAAAGCGGCGAAAUUGAGGGCAUGAAGAGGUUCAAGUACCCGAGAAGUGCAAACGAUCCUGCAUUGGAGACGACCAUUAAUAUCCUUGGUCAAGGUGGAUUAACCACGGCUGGGAGUAGGGUGAUUUCCCACUUUGCGACGUGCAAAGCUUGGAUCAGCGAGAAGGGCGAGACGGAGUUCGCGAUUAAACACGGCAUAUUGAAUUGA